AUGAAUAGGGAGAGGCUUAUGAAGAUGGCUGGUGCAGUUCGCACUGGUGGGAAGGGUAGCAUGAGAAGGAAGAAGAAGGCUGUCCACAAAACUACAACUACAGAUGAUAAAAGGCUUCAGAGCACUUUGAAGAGAUUAGGAGUGAAUGCUAUUCCUGCAAUCGAGGAAGUCAACAUAUUCAAGGAUGACAUAGUUAUCCAGUUUCAAAAUCCCAAAGUUCAAGCAUCCAUUGCUGCUAAUACAUGGGUUGUUAGUGGAACUCCACAGACUAAGAAAUUGCAGGAUAUUCUCCCUCAAGUCCUUGGCCAUUUGGGUCCUGAUAAUUUGGAUAACUUGAAGAAGUUAGCUGAGCAGAUACAGAAGCAGGCACCAAAUGCAGGCGAUGCUGCAACAGCAGCACAAGAGGAAGAUGAUGAUGAUGUCCCGGAGCUUGUUGCUGGGGAGACAUUUGAAGCUGCUGCCGAGGAGGGUAAGGCUGCUGCUUAGUGAGAUACAGGGAGUUUGUGCUAUUUUGGAUAUUUUUUACCUUUUAAAAAAUUUCUUAUGUGUUGUCGUCGUUAUUUCACCUUACUGGUUUUUCCCCGGCCAUUUGUUAGCACCAUUUUGAUGCCAAUGUUUUAGAAUUAUAUGGUUCCUCCUUUCUCAGUCAGUCCGUCCAGAAUACAUAUAACAUUACAUUGGCUAUCA